ACCAAAAAUCCACAUAUCUGUACAUAUAUAAUCAUCAAUGUACAAUCGAACAUAACACAUUUUCAUUCUCGAGCCUGUCCUACUCUACUUGCUAACUAUGUCACUGAGAGUAGCAGCUGAGAACUUCCCUACAUUUCCGGUGGCGGGAGAGGCCGUAGCGGAGAAUUUAUUGGUGGUGAGAGAAUAUGAUGAAGAGAGAGAUAAGGCAGCAACAGAAAGAAUGGAGAAAAGAUGUGAAAUUGGACAACGAGGAAAACCUUCGCUUGUCACUGAUCUUUUAGGCGAUCCAAUUUGUCGUAUUCGUAAUUUUUCGUCUCAUGUUAUGUUGGUUGCAGAAUAUGGAGAAGAAAGAGAGAUGGUAGGAGUUAUAAGAGCUUGUGUUAAAAUUGUGACGACAGGGAACUCAUUAUUAGCUAAUUAUGUAAAAGUGGCUUACAUUUUGGGAUUACGAGUCUCUCCAACUCACAGGAGGCUUGGCAUUGGCACCAAAUUAGUUGACAAAAUAGAAGAAUGGUGCAAGAAAAAUGGGGUGGAGUAUUCAUACAUCGCCACAGAUUGCACAAAUCAACCUUCAAUCAAUUUAUUCACUAAAAGAUGCUCUUACACAAAAUUCCGUUCCCUUUCGAUGUUGGUGCAACCAGUUCAUGCUCAUUACAAAUCAUUAAACUCGAAUAAUAUCGCGAUCGUCCGAUUUACUUCAAAGCUGGCAGAAUCAAUUUAUCGUAGAGUAUUUUCCAAAGCAGAAUUUUUUCCUAGAGAUAUUGACACAAUUUUGUCUAGCAGGUUAAAUUUGGGCACGUUCAUGGCGAUGCCGAAAAAAUACCUCCCUAAAUGGGACCCUAAAACAGGGAUUUUACCCUCAAAUUUUGCUAUAAUAAGUAUAUGGAACACUAAAGAAGUGUUCAAAUUGCAAGUGAAGGGAGUGUCUAAAUUGACAUGUGCUUGUUGUAAGGGUUCUAGGUUGUUAGAUUCUUGGAUGCCAUGGCUAAGGUUGCCUUCCUUUCCUGAUGUGUUUAGAAAAUUUGGAGUUUAUUUCUUGUAUGGGUUGCACAUGGAAGGUAAGGGUGCAUCGCGGCUAUUAAAAGCUCUAUGUGCCUUCGCUCAUAAUAUGGCUAGAGAUGAUGAUGGGUGUGGGGCCCUAGUGGCUGAAGCGGGCCAGUUGGACCCAGUGAGAGAUGUGAUCCCACAUUGGAGGAAGUUUUCAUGGGCUGAAGAUCUGUGGUGCAUCAAGAAGCUUACUGAUGAGAAGAUAAAUGUUGAUGAAAGUUGUAGAUCGUACGAUUGGAUGAAAUCUAGGCCAUCUUCUUCAGUUAUUUUUGUGGACCCACGUGAUUUUUGAUUAAUGUAGUGUGACACGAUCAGUGCUCAUUUGCUAAUCUUAUACUUGAAAAGGAAAAAAAAAAAUUUUUGUUAAUAGCCAAUUUUACACACAAUUUCUUGAGA